CAGGAGCUGAAAAAAUCACGAAUCAUUCGAGCAAGUCUGUGUAAAAGCCGUGUGAUAGCAAAGUGCGUCAGCAGAAAGUAAGAAAAGGACUCGUGUCGUGAAAGUUUGUUGGCCUCGUGUUAUUCUUUGUUUCCGGGACCGUGACAAGGACAGUACCCGAGAAUCAAGCUCUUUUGCUUUUGCGUGGCUGAGCAUUGCUGCGGCCGAUCAGCGCUCAUUGACUGUGUGCAAUCCGAUAUCAAAACGCGAGAACAAGCCAGGCGUCCGUGUUCGAAGCCGCCACCAUGGCCGAGACCGAGGAAGUGGACGAGUCGCCCGUGGACUCGGCGGAGAACGAACCUCUGUCUGACGAUGCGGCGAGCAACGAGGAGCAAAUCUUGAACCUCCGGGCCGCGAUGGAGAAAAACGACAUCGCGCAGGUCAAGGAGAUUUUGAACAACAAGCCCGGCCUGGUGGACGUGGGGAUAGACGACAACAACCGCACGCUGCUGAUGAAAGCCAUCACGCGGAACAACGCGGACCUGGUCUCCUUCCUCUGCGGGUUGGGGGCCAAUGCGGACACGAGGUUGGACGUCUUCCGCUGCAACGCGCUGAUGUGCGCGAUUGACAAGUUCAACGACAACAUUUUCAAAACCAUCAUGUCCGUCAUGGACACCUACCACCCCUACGACUUCGACCUUGGUAUAGAAGUACAGGAGGAUUUGUUCGCUUUUCAUCGGGGUUUCAUCUUGAGCACCGACAUUGCAAUAGCAGUCGUCUUUUCAUCAUCUUCUCGUCAUGGCAAUGUUCUGGCCUAUUUAUCUAAACGGAAUAAAUUUUUGCUCCAGUCAAAAUGGAAUUAAAAUUACGAUUACGUCGUGUACGCGUGAUACGCAACAUCACAGGUGGCGAGUGCUCCCAUAUGGUAAAGCAGGACCCGGGUUACUGCGGGAAACCAGGCGCGGAGCUAAACUUAAACGACUCGACCAGACUAGCGGUCGAAGUAGGCUUGACACCAUUUGGCGUUGAGGACGCACUCGAGUACAUAGACAACGCCGCAUCACGGAUGCAGUCGAAGAUGGGCAGCAGACAGAUAACGCCGAGGGUAGUGAAUCUGAUGUCUUGCGCUAAUUGCAAUCGUCUCAAGUAGCUUUCUUUUGUCGAUGUCAACACAUAUCACAGCAAGUACAGCGAAGCAAGGGGCCAAAGUAGGAGAUGCUUGUUUUCUAAUCGACCACUAUUAAUCAGGUACCAGCAACGGCACUCACGCCGCGAGACGAUGCUUCCGCAAAUGGUGAAUUUGGGGCUUUUCAACUCCCAGAGGUCGCGAGCUCAGUCGGCGCAGCGUCGUUUUCAACGGCACAGAUACUGUCACAGGUAGUGGAUGCGAAGAAGCCGCUCAUAGCCCUGCACGCAAUACUACUCGACAAGGACGGUAUACGGGAUUCUUUUAUCUUUUUUUCGUUCCGAAACUUCGACCGCGAGCUCAUUCUCAUUGCGACUGAUCUAUGUGACUUCGUUUUCGAAUCCCAUUCCCAAUUCCCUCACCUGCCAAAACUAAUCAGGCACCGAGCUCGACCGAAUAACCGCGGAGAACAACAACGUCGUGAAGCACUUCGCGCCACACCUUCUCCCCAAGGAGAUGGCCGUUGACCUCACCGGUGCGGACAAAAGGCAGGGCCUCCAGCAGGAUAAGAAAAAGAUGCGACGGAGCUUUAGCAGCGUCUCCGGGCGGAAAGCGAAGAAGAUGCCGAAGAGGUUUCAAGCCGAGGGGAUCUACGCAGUGGACUACGAGGAUAGAAUCGGAAGGAAGAAACUGCACGACACGUGGCUGGCGAAGCAAGACGGGUUUUCCCCAAGAUCUUCGCCCACCGAAGACAGGAAAAACGGAGGUGGUCUAGACGCCGAUGACUCGCAGUCCGUUGUCAGUCGUAGUUGCGCCUCCGCGUCCGCCGCGUCCGCGGCGCCAAAAUCGGUGCAGUCGGCGGCCAGGCUCGAGCGGGACGCGUUUAUUCUGGACCCCGAAAGACAUAAAGUCGGGCUCUUUCUCGACUUGCACAAAGUCCCGAAGGAGGUCGCGAGCAUCUGCUUCAAAUUGGAAGCACAGGGGAUCUACGCGGAGAAGCAGGCGAAUUUGAGAUUUUUCACAGAGAAACCCGAGUACAGCACAAGGGAGAAGGAAAGGGAAAAAUCGGCGUAUAUAAUUUUGGUGGUUUGAUGAUGUUUUGGCAUGACAAAUUUGCAACAAAUUACCUAUGGUGAUUCGACACACGAAAAACUAACGGCGCUAUUUUGAAACCACCUCACUCAAAAUUAUACCACCGCAGCUACGAGUCGGACCGCGGUUCUAACGCGAGAUCGAUGCGGUCCCAAAUGUCGUUCGCCGCUACCACCGCCAUCGGGUCGGACACACAACCAAAUCCCGAAAACGAAACACUUCUCACCGUCAAGACCCCCUUCGAGGUCGACAACCUUUUUCUCGUCUCUCUAUGCCGCGACUACAGCUCCAAUACCUACGUCGUUCCCCACUGGAUGGCCCACUUCGACUGGAGGGAAGCGGAAGCGAGCUUUGACGACAACUACGAGAUUCCAGAAACCAGGCAAGCACCGGUGGAGGAGGAGGAAAUUUUCAGUGAAAUUGCGAAAAGAUCAAACCCAGUCGUUUGUAGCAAGUCGAGCAACGUGAGGCGCUUUCCGGUGUUAAUCAAAAUGGUGUUCCAGAACAACGUUACCAUGAUGAUGCAACUCCUCGAAUCAAAAGCCAGCUGCGAUAUCGCCGACGUGGAGUUCGGCAUCACGCCACUCGGUUGGGCCGCGAGAAGAGGGUUCGACUUGAUUGUCCGGAAGUUGGUGGAGCAGGAGUGUGACAUCAACGCCACGGAUUUUCUGGGAAAAUCACCACUCUACGCCGCGGUGGAGCAGAAGAGGCUAAAAGUGGCACGGUACCUGCUGGAAAACAAGGCGGACGUGAACCACGUAAAUCCGAGAAGCGGGGAAAACCCGUUGUGGGAGUGCCAGUCCGUGGAGAUGGCAAAACUGCUCAUGUCCCACAAAAUCGACCUGAAUUGGCGGUCGUCGUCCAAUAAAGCCAGCGCAUUGUUGCAACUCGCGAGCAGGAGGUGUAGAACCAGGAAAGAAGCGGAGGAAAUCUUCGACAUCAUAAAGCUACUGGUAUUCUUGAUCAUUCCACUUCGGGUUCGGUUUUCAUGCGCAACGACUCGCUACGGCUACUAGUACUAGGUCGUACGAACACUCACGGACAUUGUUUUUUCGUCCGUUACGUACAAGAUGAACAUGAAAUAGUAGCUGAAAAUCACAUGUCCGGUCAACAUGCCUAAAACUUUUCUCUCAGGUUGACGGUCGCGCGGACGUUUUAGCGCAGGACGACCGGUGCGUUUCCCCUCUUUUCGCUGCGGUGAACAACGACAGCAACGCGAACAUUGCGCAGCUGUUCCUGCAGGAGGGCGCCUCCGUAGAAGUUUUUUCCGCUAUUUGCGGGUGCGCGAACUUGAACGAAGAGCGCCUGUGCGAGGGCGUGGAGGAGGUAGAAGCUGGCUUGAAUACAGGGGAGGAGGAGGAAACGGGAUCGGUGCAGGAUAUCGACGCGGGCAGCAGGAUAGGGAGACGAAACCCGUACUUCGACACAGAACCUUUAACAUUAGAGAAGUUCACUCAACUGUGGCACACCGUGAAACUCGCAGACGGGAUGGCGCCGACGUUUUUUGGCGUGUUGCAGGACGCGUUCGAAAGGCUGGGCGUGCCGCUCACAGACGUCGGGGCGCUGGAUAGAAAAGUCUUCAACGCGCUGGAACUGCUUCUGUCAAGGGACAUGGAAAGCGCGAUUGAUAUCCUGUUCGACUCGGGGCAGCUGCGUACUACUUCCGUUUUUUUUUUUGAGUAUGUUGGUGCAUGGAUGAAGAAGUAUGUACUUACGUGUUUUAUUCGGUUCAAAGCCGCCCAUCCGGGAUAAAACUACAUGAGCAUUUCGAUAGUUUCAGAAUCGUGAACAAAACACAUAGAGAAACUACGGAAAAUAAACACAAACUAAAACAGAAUCCAUGACGAUGGAAGAUUUCGUCUUUCUCUUCAAGUGCACCCAAGUCUUCUGCUUAGCCAUCUGCAACGCCUUUCUCCUGGACGAGCUCGCGUUCUGCGACCUGGACCCGCUGUCAGACGAGCCACAGGAGGAUCUGGAAGCGACCAAAAAAGACCUGGUCGCGGAAACCAUGGCCGGUCUGGACACCAGCAAGAUGUCGCUGCAAGAGAUGCUGGAGGCGACCGCCGCAGCGGGGGCAGAGGCGGCGAGGCUCGCGAACCAGCGGAAACAGGAAGAGGAGUUCAAGGGACUCGACCGAGACGGGCUGUUGACGCAAAUCGUCGGCGAUCCCACGAGCAUAUCGCGGACAAAAUUCUACUGGCAGUGGCUGGAGGAGCAAGACGCGCUGCGACAAAAGGAACGAGACGUGCUAGUCUCGAGUCUGAAGCCCGGAGAGAAGCUCUCCGAUCUGUUCAAAAAGUUCGGGGUCAAGGAAGAAAUUCUGGAGCCCAAAAUGAAGGACAUUCUGCCGCCUUUGGAGAAGAAAAGCCCGGUAAAUACUUGAUGCUCGAAGUUCUUCAGGUUAUAUCGUCUGCAUGAAGUUAGAUGAUGUUGCUUGUUGAUGCUUCUGAUUCGGUUCUUCCAAGAACCAGCAACCCAAUCAGCUUGAAGUGUGCAUAGAAAACAAAAAACAACACAGGGCAAAAUCGUCGAGGCACUAACCCUUCGCGUUUUCGGGAAGAACAAGUUGAAGAAUCUUGCCAAAAACGUCGGCGUAAAGGAAUUCCAGGAACUGUGCGACUCUUGUCCGCACUUGAGGAGACACAUGUUUCCCCACUGGACGCUGGCACCCCUCGGCCUAUCCAAGGCCGCGCGGAAAACAGAAAAGCUAGCGAGGCAGCAGCGCGGACGGGCGGUCGAGUGCCUGACCGAGGAGAAAAUGCGGUCGGAUUGCCACGUUAUGUAGUGAAAUAAAACGACCCUGCUAGUAGCUCAAAUAAAAGCGGAUGAAGAGGUAAAGCUAGAACUAAAUGACCACGCAAGUAGUCAGACCAAUUAGUUUGAAGUUGAAGUUGGACGAAACAACUAUUUUCUAAACCUAUCACCUACGCCUUCAGGGCAAAUUUCAAACCGAUUUUAUGAUUCCAGUUGAACUUAUAGCAAAUCCACUUGUAGUGUGGUGGAUAAUACUCGCGCCUAGCCGCUAAGUAAAAAUUCGUAUGUUACCAUUUUUACGUCAAGUUUCGGAAAAAAAUGAAUGAUAAGCUUUGUACAAACGGAAAAUGAUUCCGAGCGCGACCACGUAGUUCUUCGUCGUGCUUGGAAAAUUUUCGUCGCCAAAAUGAAAAAAUGUGCUUUCUUUGUCGGAUGUAUGUAAAAUGUCUUGCAUUUAAACACGACGGCCUCUCCCCCGAGGCUGUAUGGUCGAACGGAGGAUCCCGCCGUUUUAUCAUCCCCGAUUAAAAGUUAGUACGUUUCUGGCAGGUACCCGGCCGUAGAAAUGAACCUUGUAUGUAACGCGGAACUUCAAUGUUUGUACGUCUUUGCGGUCAACAUCAAGAAGAACUACCCAGAACU